GCCGAGAUUGGCUCGCCAGGAUCCGAAACCUCGACCACGAUUGGCACAGUCCUUGCCUGCCUGCCAUUCUUCCUGAGCUGCUGGCUGUGCAGUCCAUUGGUUUGGGACCAAUCCAAGACCGUAUCGGGGCACUCCGUCUCCUUUAUUUCCCGGCAGCUUGAUCAGCAGCCCAGCCCGGUACGGAGUACAGACAUCCCUCUCAGCCUCAUGUGAUGCAACCUACUGAGGUACUCGCGCUCUUAAUCUGUAUUCUCCCUCAAGCAGCCCGCCGUCAUGGAUCCUGUCCCCAUCCCGCACCUCCCCUCCGAGGUCUGGCUCAUGAUCCUCGAGAGCCUGCCUCCGUCCUUCUUCCAGCAAGAUAUGCGCCGCCUAGCCCUGUCCAAGCGCUGGUACAACCUCGCCUUCCCUACCUUCUACACGCGUAUCGAGUUCACCCCGCGCGUCAUCAGCCGCCUAGUGCACCGCAAGUCCAGGUCCCUCGACAAAUCGCGCGCCCAGCUACGCAAGUCCCUGCGCUGCGUCAACAUCGUCCUGGACGGGCUCCCGGGCGCCAAUGGCAGCAAACGCAGCAGCGGCAAGGCGGACAUCGCGUGCUUCGACACGCCCGCCAACCUGGCCCACUUCAGCCAGAUGCUGCUCGAGUUCCGCGAGCUCAAGGAGGUGCGCUUCGCCGCGCGGUGGCCGAACCGCGCCUGGCUCGCCGACCCGCUGCAGGACGACUACCUGUGCAUCCGCAGCGUGGAACCCUACCUCAGCCUGCUGACCAACGUCACCUCGCUGGACCUGGACCUGUGCGGCACCGACGUCGCCGGCCCCCGGGCCAUGCACUUCUGCGAGUACGUCCAGCCGCUGCUCUCGCGCCUGACCACGCUCCGCCUGCGCAUGCGCAGCAUCUGCCACAUGGCCGUGUGGCCGCUCGAGGACCGGCCCGUCACCCUCGGCGAGCUGAGCCUGAGCCUCUACCUCGGCCGCGUCUCCGAGAACAACCCCAAGCUCAACUCCAGCCGGACGUGCCCCUACUGGGGCCUGCGCGAGCGCACCGUGCCCAUGGACGAGCUGCGCUCGCGGAUGAGGUCGUUGGUCAAGCAGAUGGUCGAGCCCAGGCGCGCCGAGAUGCUGCACCUGGCCCCGAGCGGGGACGUGCACGUGUGGGAUGCCGCCACCGACGUCUGCGUCAAGGACGAGUCCCAGAAGCCGAUGCAGUUUCACCCCUAUUUUGGGGGGAAACGCUCGCGGCGGUGUUUUUCCAAGCAUGCGGAUGAUUGGGAGUUUGAUAAUGAGGUCGGGAUCGGUGGUAUAUUUACUACGUACCCGGACGAAGAAUCGAGUGAGGAUGAAACAUCAUAAAUCCGCGAGCUAGAUGAGUUGGGUGGGGUUUGUAGGAUGCGGACGGGGUGAUCGUGGCUGGCAUGGGGCGUUGCCGAGGAUGGAGUUUCCUCGUGUUGUUUUCAAGGUCGUGUUUGUUUAUAUGGCCAUUC